AUGUCUCCAUUACCAUUCACUUUUUAUCGCGUUAAAUUAUACACCAAUAAUCAUACAUUCCGAAGACUUCUUUCUUCAAAGAGUCUAUUAUUCGUUAACGAUACCUUGUUAACCCUUCGUCCAAAAGUUCUAAACAAUGAAGCACCGUUAUGUUUAUCGUCAGAUAUUUCAUUUUCCAAGUAUUUUCACAAGCCCAUAAAUUCUUUUAAUAAGCAUACUCGUGCUCCUAAUGCCCUGAAUAAGCAUACUCAUGUCUCGGGCACUUUUAAAAGACGAAACUUUUCUAACACGAGUUAUGCUAAGGAAAAAAAGCAAUACGCGAGAAGCAUCGUUCGACGCGAAAGGGAAGGGACCGGGUUAUCUGUAGGACAAAAAGUGGUGAGCACGGUUAAAGUAACAACUAAUUUUAGUAUAAUCAUAAUAGGAAUUGGUUUAUUUGGUGUUAUCUUGUACAUUAUUUUAACGGAACUUUUUGGUUCUUCCGGUAUAACUAAAACGUUUAAUGAAUCGUUGGAAAAGAUCAGGUCUAAUCCUGAGUGUCAAAAGAUCUUGGGGACGCCGAUGAAAGGCUACGGACAUUCAAGACGACGUUAUCGAACUGCUCGUUUUCAAGAUGUGAUAAAUUCUGACGGCACUCCACAUAGAAUAAUGCAAUUCUCUGUUGAAGGGUCCAUAUCGAAUGGAAAAGCAUUGCUUGAUAUGGUCAAGGAUGACCGAGGAAACUGGUUUAUAAAUUAUUUAAUCGUUAAUGUGCCAGGUUAUGGCAAAACGAUUUUCGUUGAAUAUCAUGGAAAUGGAAAUGAUGAUGAUGCGAAACAAAGAGAAUUAUUAGAUUGGUCUUUGUAA